CGGGGACAUGGGGCCAGGGUGGCAGUGGGGCGGGGGGCCUGGGACGGGAGUCGGGGCCCGCGUGCAGACGGGCGCGCGUGAUGGCGACCCCUGCCUCCCGCCAGGCUUGCCGCGAUGCCCCUGCACAAGGUUCCGGUCGGCCUGUGGAAGCAGCUCCGGAUGCGUGAGGGCAUCUGCUCCCGCCUGCCCCAGCACUACCUGCGCUCGCUAAAGGAGGCGCGGACGCCUACACCCGUGCACUACCGGCCACACGGGGUCAAAUUCAAGAUCAACCCCAAGAACGGGCAGCGGGAGCGAGUGGAGGAUGUACCCAUUCCCAUUCACUAUCCCCCGGAGUCUCAGCUGGGGCUCUGGGGCGGCGAGGGCUGGGUGCAGGGUCACAGAUAUGUCAACAACGACAAGCUCUCCAAGAGAGUGAAGAAGGUGUGGAAGCCGCAGCUGUUCCAGCGUGAGCUCUACAGUGAGAUCCUGGACACCAGGUUCACUGUGACCGUGACCAUGCGCACCCUGGACCUCAUCGACGAGGCCUAUGGGUUUGAUUUCUACAUCCUCAAGACCCCGAAGGAGGACCUGUGCUCCAAGUUUGGGAUGGACCUGAAGCGAGGGAUGCUGCUGCGGCUUGCCCGACAGGACCCCCAGCUGCACCCAGACGACCCGGACAGGAGGGCGGCCAUAUAUGAUAAGUACAAGGCGUUUGUCAUCCCGGAAGCAGAGGCCGAGUGGGUCGGUCUGACGCUGGACGAAGCCAUGGAGAAGCAAAGGCUCCUGGAAGAGAAGGACCCCGUCCCUCUGUUCAAGGUCUACAUGGAGGAGCUGGUGGAGCAGCUUCAGCAGCAGGCGCUGUCUGAGCCGGCAGUGGUACAGAAGCUUACCAGCAGGACAUAGCCACACAGGGACCUGGGCCUGGCAGCCAGGCUCAGCACCCCGCACCCUUUGGCUCCAUGGACAGAGCUGGGGGCGGUGGUGAGGGCCGCCCGUGGGCAGUGUGUGAACCCAUGGUUGUGUGUGCUGGCCGUGCAGCUCCCAGAUGGGGUGGGCUUUGUGGAGACCCCAGAAGGCCUCCUUGUCCCAGGAUCCCCAGAGGCCUGGGGCCAUCUCGCUGCCUCUGUGGUGUCCCCCCCACCCUGUAGUGGAGGCCCCGCAGAAGCGGGUCACCACCCUUGGGGAACAGCGUGAGUAAAGUCUGAGCCAGG